GGGAGACCAAAAGUACGUCCACCUCGCGAUAUUCGCGGCGGUGGCGUUAUUUACGUGCAAAUACGGUAAUUACCCUCCAUUUUAGUACCAACAUUACCGAGCUGAUUUGCACAAUGCAGCGCAAGCUAUGUGUUUAUAGCAAACAACUUGAUAGUCGUAUACUGAAAGCCAGAGCUUGCAUCAUGAACUUUACUGUGGACGUUCUGCCAUGUUUCAUAUCUGCUCAGAAAUAUUGAUGCCAAUUUUAUUGACGCUACAAGAAAAUCCUGGAUGGCAUCGCAAAACAAUACUGUCGCUGUACCCAAGAGUCGAAACCUCCAAGAGUGAGAGUUACGUCUUCCGAUAAACACUUCCUCCUCCUGCUGCUCCUCAGCAUUGAAAGGCACGUACUCGGCGUUGCAAUAACAGCUAGAACAUUCGAGGGUUUUCGUUCUGAACGGCGGUAAAAACCAACUCUUGACGCAGAAAUGUAGUGGAACAUUCUACACUAAAAUUAUGUUCUGUGAUGAUGCGUCUGCCUUUGCGUCCAUGAAACCUUCACAUCUCUUCACACAGACCCCAUCAAUGGUUCACUGACCCGGGUUGGCCACUAUGAGAGCAUUUUUUGAUACGGAACGGAAGAGGCGCCUCGCCUAUGGAGCCGGCGGAGCCGGUUGCUGAUGGUUGUCGCAGUAACUUACGGAGGAUGUUAGUAGCCGACAGAGGCUAUAAUGGCUUCUUCGGACGAGAUGUUGAUAGUGGGCGUUCGUAGUGAAAUCAGUGCUAGAGUUUUGAUCAUAGGUGGUGGUGUUGCUGGACUGACAGCUGCUAAUCGCCUCUACGCGCAUGGAUUUAGAAAUGUCACGAUCCUGGAAGCCAGAGACAGACCAGGCGGUCGAACGUUUUCAAAACCUUUCGGUGACAGCUACAUCGAGUGUGGUGCCCAGUGGAUUCAUGGACAAGAAGGAAAUGCAGUUUUCCAAGUCGCCAACGAAAAUGGUUUGGUGGAUCACAGCUGCCCAUACUAUCUGGAGCAGUUCUAUAUUUGGCCUCAGCUGACUGAAGAGCAAUGCAGUGUGGCUACAGAAGUCAGUUCCCUUGUUUUAGAAGCACUGGACAGAUGCCAGAAAAUGUCAGCAAAUGGCAACCAAGAUGAUAUGCCCAGUGUUUUUCAGAAGUCGGUUGGUCACUUUUUACGCCACAGUCUCCUUGACUACAUAAACAAAAACAGUUUUGAUGGGGACAAGGUUAAACUUGUUGAGUCCUGCUAUGACUGGGCUGUACGGCUUCAGCAAGAAAUCCAAGGAUGCAGCUCCCUAACAGAUGUCUCUGCCCUGUUUUUUGGGCAGUACCGUGAAUGCGAUGGGAACAUAGUGACUGAGCUGAAGCACGGUUAUGGAAAGUUUGUGGACCUUAUUUUGCAAGGCAUUCCUUCUGAGUGGCUGCAGCUUAAUAAGUGUGUAACCAGUGUGACAACCUCAGUAGCACCCCUCUCACCAAACUGCCAUUUUACUGAGAGGUCACAGAGUCACCUGAAGACUUCCUUUGCAGCUGUCCCUUUGGGCAGCAACAAACCAGUGAUCACAGUGACGUGUGAAGAUGGCUCCGUUUUCAAGGCAGACCAUGUAGUAGUCACUCUGCCACUGGGGUGCCUCAAAGCACAUGCUUCACACAUGUUUGAGCCACCACUGCCUGAGAAGAAAAUGCUCGCCAUCCGGUCAAUGGGCUUUGGUGCAGUUGACAAGGUGUUCCUCAAGUACAGUGUGCCUUUUUGGAAGCCUGGUGAUGUGUUCCAAGUCCUGUGGCUUGAUGGUUUCAACCACUGUGGGAACAAAGCAGAAGGGGAUGACAUGUCAGCAUGGGUAACACAUAGCCAGCUGAAUACUUCCUGGUUCAGGUAUAUUGGGAGAUUCAAUGCUGUACGUAACCAUCAAGAUCUGCUGUGUGCGUGGAUAACUGGGGAAGGAGCCAAGUACAUGGAAACACUGAGUGAUGAUGAUGUCCGCAUUGGUUGCCACAACGUCCUUGUCCAGGUUCUUGGAAACAAGGACCUGCCAUUACCAUGUGAGGUAGAGCGGAGCAGAUGGUACUCUGAUCCUUAUGCAAGAGGUUCUUACUCUUACAUCUCAGUGUCUUGCGAUACAACAGGUGCUUUGCCUCGAGACUUGGCUGACCCAAUAUGUGAGCCUGUGGUGCAUUGUGGAACAGAAGUUACGUACCCAGUGAUAUUCUUUGCUGGCGAAGCAACGCAUCCCCACUUCUACUCAACUGUGCAUGGUGCCUAUGAGUCUGGCAUCAGAGAGGCAGAUCGCCUUGCCGACUUUUACUUCAAAGCUGGAACAGGACAAGAGUCAUGCUGCAUACCAGACGAGGAAGAAAGUUUUUUGUUCAAAGCAGAUCCCUUCAAUUCUCCAGCGUUGAGUGCAUCUUCUGCUGGCUCAAACCCACGCAUCAUAAUCGUUGGAGCUGGUGCGGCUGGCCUCUCAGCUGCAUACAAGCUUACCCAGAAGGGCUACACUAAUUUUGUUGUCUUGGAGGCACAGAAGAUGGCUGGAGGAAGGAUACAAUCUUACUACUAUGGUGACAACAGAGUCCUGGAGUUGGGUGCCCAGUGGGUGCAUGGUGAAGAAGGAAAUCCUCUGUAUGGCUAUGCUUUAUCGAACAACCUGUUGGCCGACCCACGACGGCACCAUUCCCUUGAGGGUCGUGGUGUUUUCUGCACAGAUCAAGGAACCCGGUUGCCCCAGGACCUGGUUGAUGAGGUCAUCACUGUGCUCAAUCAAAUUAAAGACGAACUGGGGGGGCGGCGACCUCGGCUUGAAGGCAACCAGGAAGUGUUCAUGCUCAAUGAGCUGCCCAUAUCGGUUGGAGAGUACUUGCGUUCACGCUUUCUUGAGCAUCUCGAGCAGCAAAGUGACACAGCCGACAUGGUCAAGACUAAGUGGGCCAUUUAUGACUGGUAUUGGCGCUUUGAAGUCAUUGACAACUCUUGCUACAGUUUAGAUGAGCUCUCAUUCAAAAGUUAUGAGGAGUUCGAGGAAUGUCCUGGUGUUUGGAACAUCAACCUGCGACAUGGCUUUUCCAGUGUAAUAAACAGUCUCCUGGAGCACAUCCCCGAAGCCAACAUUCGCUACAACAAGGCUGUCAAGCGAAUCUACUGGCACAAUAGUGCAGUUCCUUUAUACACCAAAAUGGCUCGCUCCUCAAUCAGCAACUCACAAGAGACCAUCUUGGAAAGUAUUCCAUUUGUAGAGUGUGAAGACGGUGAAAUUAUGUCAUGCAGGCACCUGCUCUUAACAAUGUCUGCAGGCUACCUCAAACGGCACCAGGACGACAUGUUCCAUCCAAAGCUUCCAGAAGAGAAGCGUCAAGCACUGCGUGGCAUUGGCUUUGGCACUAUAAACAAAAUAUUUCUCAUCUUCGAGCAGCCCUUUUGGGACACAGGAGCCGAAGGUUUCCAACUAGUCUGGCUCGAUGGUGACUCAGAAGACACAACUAAUUUAAACUGGUGGGUCCGAGGGAUAUCAGGAUUUGAUCUCGUAUAUGAGAAUCCCAAUGUCCUUGUUGGCUGGAUUGGUGGAAAGGCAGCUGAGCAUAUGGAGUCGCUCAGUGACCAUGAAGUCCUCAGGGCUUGUGUCCAUGUCCUGUCCACGUUCCUGAACCGAGAUAUUCCUGAACCCGUGUCCAUAAUCAGGUCAUAUUGGUUCACCAACCCCUACAUUUUGGGAAGUUAUAGCAACAGACAGCUGCCAUAUGACACCUCGGACACCCUUCUGGAGACUUUCUAUGAACCAUUAGUGGCUGAUGCCCCACUGCAUCGAAUAACCAGAGUAGAGUGGCCUCUUGUCUUGUUUGCUGGGGAAGCUACUGAUAAGGACUUCUACUCAACUGUCCAUGGAGCUAUGAGGUCGGGGUUCAGAGAAGCAGACCGCUUGAUUAACUUCUGGAGUAGAAAACGAGAUGACAUCAUCCUUGAGUCAUCAGCACAACCAAGACUCUGAGGGACAACCACUGAAGGCACAUCAUUUCUUACUUCCUCCGACAAUCACACAGCGGCAGAAAAAAGAAACGGCAACAGCAUUAGCGAAUGAUGUGGCGAGCUGCAUGGUGAUGUCCUUAUGAGAUUGCACUGCAUCGUGCUUCUGUAGUAACACAUUGUCCUAGCUUAGUUUGUAGCCCGUCUACUGAUUUUAUUGGAACUUAGGUCUAAUUCUUGUGCUAUACAGCAUGGUGUAGCUGACUUAGAGUAUUGUGCAAGUGUUGUCUACAGCACAGUUUAGCAGUGCAAAACGUUAGUGUCUGGCAUCAUCUUAGUGGCAACAGUAAUUGCUGCUGUGUAUAGGGGAAUCCUAUGUGCUGCAAUGGAAAUUUCUUGCUAUUGCAUUAGAGUCUUGCAGUUUUGUCACUUGCAGUAUUCUUGUUGGGCCUCCUUUUGCAGCUCUAGUAUUGAAGUGCCAAGUUAAACAAAAAGGUGCAGCUGCUUUACAAGGCAUAUGCCCUGCAGCACUAGUCCAACCCACUCGCUGCUGUGCCAGUAAUUGCUGCUGUGUAUAGGGGAAUCCCAUGUGCUGCAAUGGAAGUUUGUUGCUAUUGCAUUAGAGUCUUGCAGUUUUGCCACUUGCGGUAUUCUUGUUGGGCCUCCUUUUGCAGCUCUAGUAUUGAAGUGCCAAGUUAAGCACAAGAAAGUGCAGUUGCUUUACAAAGCAUAUGCCCUGUAGUACUAGUCCAACCCACUCGCUGCUGUGCUAGUCCUCUCUUGUUUACAGAGUGGCCUCUCAUUGUAAACCUCAGACUGUAAAGGCAGCUGUGCAACAUAGCCAAAUUAAGCAUUUCAUUGCCCUUUAUGCAAUUCUAAGAAGUUCUACAUGUAGAGCCUUACCGCCAUUUCAAUUUUAGCCUGUCGCAUUGCAGUUCCUGUUGGGCUGUGCAAUUUUUGAACAUAUUACACAUAGAGUGCCUAUGUCAGAUGCUUAAUGCACAUGCCUGUAGUCGUGCUCAUGUCGUAGCACAAGAGGCUGUAAGCAAAUUUGCAUCUUCGCUCUGACCAACUUCACAUAUAUCCUAUUAUACGCCACUGCAACUUCGGGGUGCUGAAGUAUACACUUUGCCAUAGUUUUCAAGCAUCCUCAGUGCAACGUUUAUUAUGUGCCAAGAAACACACCAGAGAACUAGUGCUGUUGCACAUUCCUGUCUACAAUAAAGUUUAUUUCUAUUCAGAA